UAUGAGUACUAGAAAAUGCCAGCAAUUUCAUAUUCAAGAAUCAGUUGUGUCAUAAUGUCCAUGGCUUCUCAGACCAUACCAAGUUCCUUCAGUUCAGCUGUAAACUUUUCAUCAAGAUCCCAUUUGGGAUUUAAUAGCAAACCAUUAUCUUGCAUUAAUUUUGGUGCACUAAACAGAAUUACUGUCUCAAUUCGUGCGAUGGGGUCCUCUGCUUCUUCUUCGAAAUCUGAUAGUGCUCAAGGGGCCAGUAAAACAGAUUAUAGCUCUAUAAGCGAUGAGGAGUGGAGGAAGCAGCUAACGAAUGAACAAUUUUACAUCACACGACAAAAGGGCACAGAACGGGCAUUCACUGGGGAGUACUGGAACACUAAGACCCCUGGAACAUAUCACUGCAUCUGCUGCGACACUCCUUUAUUUGAAUCUUCUACCAAAUUUGAUAGUGGGACCGGCUGGCCAUCUUACUACCAGCCCGUAGACAACAAUGUGAAGUCAAAUUUGGACUUGUCUAUCAUUUUCAUGCCUCGUCAAGAAGUUGUAUGUGCAGCUUGUGAUGCUCAUCUUGGGCAUGUAUUUGAUGAUGGCCCUCCGCCUACUGGAAAGCGUUACUGCAUCAAUAGCGCUGCCCUGAAAUUGAAGCCAAAGUAGAAACGUGCUGCUGCAUAGAAUACCAAAGGGUAUCAGUUACAUUAGAAAGUGAAGAUAUCAAGCUGCAGAAUUAUUCAUAUGCAGGAAUAUUGUUGCUUCUAAUGUUUAAAGCUUGAGGGCUUCUUCUGUGUGAUAUGUUACAUUUUUACUGAUAUGUUCACAUAUACAUAAUGUAUAAGUGGGUCAAAUGUACACAUUUUCAGCAUACUCUACGUAAAGGUCUUACAUGUUCAUAGGUUUUCUUGGCUCGUGUUUACUGUUGCAUUCAAUUUGGAUUGAGUCAUGCAGUCUUCUGAUGCUUGAUAUAUAUGGGGAAAGUUUAACUUAUUGUUGUU